CAAAUAAUCGUGCUUGCCACAUACCCAUGUGUCUUUAUUUCGAGCUAUACUCUGCUGCUUUUAGUUUGUUUUUUUCCUUUAAUAUUUUUGUUUGUUUGUUUUUAGACGUUUUAACUCGAAACGAUGAGCAUUCCGUUGGUCGACUUUAGCGUGGCCAGCCUCAGCGUCGAGCAUAUUUCCAGUGCAAACCUUCACCAACUCUGCAGAGAGUUAAAAGUGGCUUUUACGGACGUGGGCUUCGUCUUCUUGAAGAAUACUGGCAUCACGCAGGCGGAGGUUGAUAAUGUCAUGGAUGUUUCCAGAAGGUUCUUCUUGCAACCAGAUCAGCUCAAGCGGCCGUUCAGCAGGAAAUCCUUCCCGAACAGUCCCAACCACGGCUGGGUAUCCCUGGAGACCGAAAGAUUAGAUCCACAAAAACCGGGAGAUCUAAAAGAGGCGUUUAACCUGUCAUCACUGCAGCCUGACAUAAAAUGGCCCUCAUCCGAGGCUGCUCUGGGAUUCCAGGAGACCCAGACGGCUUUUUUCCACCGCUGCAAAGAGCUGAGCCUGCGCAUUUUGAGGCUGAUGGCCCUCAGUCUGGAUGUGGACCCCGAUAUCUUCCUGAGCGCACACCGCCUGAUUGGAACUGAUAAAAACGGUACGACGCUACGUUCGCUCUACUACCCGCCGGUGAACAGCGAGCAAGCCAAGGAGGGUCAGCUGCGAUGCGGAGAGCAUUCCGACUACGGGAGCAUCACUUUGCUUUUCCAGAAUGCUGAGGGCCUUCAAGUGCGCCGUCGUUCCGGCGAGUUCAUCUGCGCUCCUUCCGUGCCCGCAGCCGUUCUCGUCAACAUCGCCGACCUGAUGCAGCGUUGGACCAGCGACCAUUUUGUCUCUGUGCUCCACAGAGUUUUACUCCCCCCGGCCGGCGAUUGCAGCAGCACCCGCCAGUCUCUGGCUUUCUUUGUUCAGCCCGACGACGAGGCCGUGGUCAGCUGUAUCGACGGAUCCAGCUUGUACCCUCCGGUGCAAGCGGGCGCCUACCUCAUCGAGCGCUUCAAAAACUCCUACGGGCGGACAUGAAGGCACCCACACUGCUGACGAGCAGCUUCAUUCACUUGACGAUCACAAAAAACAAACAA